GCAGUUUUCUUGCCUUGGCAGCGCCUUUCACCAUUUGGAUCGUGCGCUUGAGGCUGCUUGCAGGUAGCCCCUGCCUGGAUUUGCAAAGAUGGUUGGACUUGAGGGCCGCAGUUUCUGAGCAAGGGCGCAUUCUGUCUCUGGCAUGGCUGAGAGCACCAGAUGCCAACUCCGCAGGUGCCAUCCUGAUAUCGACUCCUUCCAUUGUCUGCUCCUGCUGUGCAACAACAGCUUCACGAGUGCGG